GUCAUUGUCAAACAAAUACGUCAAAUUGUAGAAGAAAGUUGUUUUGAUAUAAAAUUAAUGGUAUAUUUGUAAACGUACAAUAAAGCUGCUAUAUUUAUUAAAAUUCAAGUGGAAAACCAAGAAACGACGAUAUGGAACUUUCUAACAGUGAUCCUAAUAAAAAAUACCUAAAAAAUGACCAUAUCUUAACGGUCCUCUUAUGUGCCAUUUCAAUUCCACUGUCCAUGUCCAUGUGGAUCAUGAAUUUAGUUUAUUCAAAACUUGUAAGAGACAGUGAAGGACUUGACGAACCAGUAGUAAUAUCACCUGCCAGGUGGAUGGCUUCAUGUUUUAUACCCCUUGCAAUGGCAGUUUAUGGAUAUAAAAAGAAGAGUGUCAAUCUGAGUGGAGCUGUGUUCGGGUUUCUCGUGGGUCUUGUGUUGACUCUGAGUAACUUUUGUUUUCUGGCAGCUCUGUUUACAUUCUUUAUGACAUCAUCAAAAGCUACCAAACUUGGGUCACACAUUAAAAAGAAAAUUGAAGAAGAAUUCAAAGAGGGUGGACAAAGGAAUUGGAUACAAGUACUUUGCAAUGGUGGCAUGGCAACCCAGCUAGGAUUAUUGUACUUAUUAGAUGUUGGUGCAUCUGAGAGACCUAUAGACUUUGUCAAGGACUACAGAGCCUCCUGGCUUAGUAUGGGAGUCCUAGGUGUAUUUGCAUGCUGCAAUGGUGAUACAUGGGCAUCUGAAUUAGGGACAGUCUUGGCAAAGACUGAUCCAAUUUUAAUAACAACUUUUAAAAAAGUGCCAAAAGGAACAAAUGGAGGAGUAACACCAAUAGGAAUUUUCUUCAGUAUCGUUGGAGGAUUCAUUAUUGGAAUCUCAUAUUACUUAGCAAUUUUAUAUUUCUCAGAAAAGGCUACAUGGGCAAAUGCUCCCCCACAGUGGCCAGUUAUUUUAUCCNUUUUGUAUGGUGCCCUUGCUGGGUUUGUAGGUAGUGUUAUAGAUUCAAUCAUGGGAGCUACAGUGCAAUAUUCUGGAUUGGAUAAAAAUGGCAAGAUUGUCUCACAUUCCAGCUUAACAACUAAACACAUAAGUGGCAGAAAUAUUUUAGAUAACCAUAGUGUAAAUCUUAUUUCCACUGUGGUCAUGGGCUUACUUCUACCUACCAUGAGUAAAUGCUUCUGGCCCAUAUUUUAAGAAAACAGAAAGGUUGUUUUAAAACUAUGCACCACUAACUUGAAUUAACCUACAGAUAAAUCUAAACAUUGUAAAGAAUAAUAUCAUAGACAACAAAUAAAUGUGAUAUUACUAUGUUUUUAAUUAGUCCUACAAAAUAUGGUGCUUAGUUCUCAUUUUGAUGCAUUUGUUGAAGAGAUUAAUAGAACUGUUUGGGUAAUAAAGUCAAAUUACCUGUUUUCUUUAUACUGUUGUUUUGUUUUUUUUGUCUUAAUCAUAGUCAUUGUUAAUUUAUUUUAGAGUUUUAAUGCAUUAUAUAUCUAAUGCUUUCUAUGUACUGACUUAAUAUUAAUGUUGUUUAGGGUGAUGGGUGACCUUUGAACGCGUUGACAGUGCAGUGUACCAUUGUAUUAAAUGUUGUUUUGCUAUUGUGUCUCGUUUUUGCACAGUAAAAGCGUUGGUUAAAGAAAUAUUUUUAAAAUUAAAUUCUUGUAUGGCAGAUAUUUUUUGUACUUAGUUUUGUUACUUAAAUUUUGUAGUUUAAUAAAUGGGAAAUAUUUUA